AUGUCUUCCUCACACCGAUCUUCAUCUGGCAAGGAAAAGAGCUCUGGAAAGUCAAAGCCAAAGCAAGAUGAUUGGUCUGGCAUCACGGAUCUGGAAGAGAGGAGAAGAGUACAAAACCGAUUAGCACAGAAGAAGUUCCGGGAUAAGACCAAGGCGGACAAGGAGCGCCAGGAUCGAGAUCAAGAGAAUAAUGCCCACGCCGGCCAUUCUUACCACACAGCUGAUCCAAAUGAUGUAUACUACGACAAUGCUGAUGCUACCGGUUCGCCAUGGGGUUCCGUCUCUAUGAAGCACGUCGUUUCGAAGGGUAGAGCUAAAGAGGAUGCAUCUAGACAUGGAUGUCGACCGGAGAAUGAGGCAAUCUACUAUCAAAAUCCCGACGCGGCUCGUGAAGGAGAAACUUAUCACGGAGGAGAAGCAGCACCGUACGAGGACGAUCAAGCCUACUACGAUUAUGGAAGUGCAGCUGGUAGCGGUAGUGGAACUUCUGGUUAUUGA